AUGACAACCAUGAUUGUCUUGAAGACGGCUUUCUUAGUAGCCGCGGCAAGCUCUGGGAUAACAUUCGUGGAAGCGGCCAACGGGGUGGCAUUAGACAGUGCCCCGCCUAGUCAACUCAUAUCCCCCCUAAUUGAAUCUAAACUUACUAGCACGGCAGGGUCACUUUCUUCUAAUAACCCAACAACCUACCCACAAUGGACAUACCUCUCCGGCAAUGGAACCUGGCAGUAUUUUCGGGCAGCGACAUGGACAAGUGGAUUUUUUCCGGCCUCUUUGUAUCUCAUGAAUACGCGAAAAUCCGUUCUUUGCACCAAUGACUCUGAGACCGGUUCUACGGACUGGCUUGCGGCUGCACAGAGUUGGAUGCAAGGACUGGAUCCUGUUGCCAACUCCAAUGCUGGGCUCUUUGAUGGGGUGCGGCAUGACGUCGGAUUUCUCAGUUUCGGUUGGCUUGAAGCUUUGACAUUGAAUUCGAACGAUGACAAGGCAAAGGCAGCCAUAAACUCUUAUGCAACAUACCUUGCCUCCCGCUUCAAUCCUAACGUUGGUUGUACAAUGAGCUGGGAUCCUCCGUCUAGUGACCCUACACAAUUUCUGGUUAUUAUUGACAACAUGAUGAAUUUGGAACUUUUGAUUGUUGCUUCCAAACUCACCGGAAACUCCACUCUUUAUAAUAUGGCUACGAGUCAUGCGAACAAAACGAUGGUGAACCAUUUGAGGCCGGAUGCUUCAACAUAUCACGUUGUCAACUACAAUCAAACAACAGGCGCAGUGAUAUGGCAAAGAACCGCUCAAGGUUAUGCUGAUAAUAGCACCUGGACACGGGGUCAAGCUUGGGGAAUCCACGGCUUUGCAACCAGUAAGGAUGUGAAAGCCACCAAAGUAAUGUGGCACACUGACGAGUUUCUUCCAGUGUACAAUUACACAGGCGACUCAAAUUAUUGGAUCACAUCUCGGCGACUGGCAGAAUACUACUUAUCUCGCUUGCCCGAAUCCGGAGUACCUCCUUGGGACUUUGAUGCACCGCAGUACCUGGUCGACCGUCUGACACAUCUUCCGCCACAAUUGCCGCAUCUGGUAUGCUCAUGCUUUCUCGAUUCGAGCAAAGUGUGUCAAAUACCACUGGCGCCAGCUACUGGGCCAAUGCUGCCGUUCGGUACCACCAACUUGGCGUGGCGUGAAGAGUCCAACUGGCAAAGCUUGCUUUCCAACGGUACAGUCAAUAACCCUGCAAAUCCCCCCAACAACAACACCGGAAUUAUCUAUGGUGAUUAUUACUACAUCAAGGCAGGAAACGAGCUUUUGAAUCAAGGAUACACCUUCCCCCCGGCCUCCCGCAGGAGCAGACAAGAACUCCCGCUAUUGACUACUGCGUUCACCAGGAGUGUUGCUACAUCAAUCUCGUCCGGCAGUAUUAUCGCGAGGCAGAACACACUUAUUGAGCACUCUGGAGUCGAGUGGAAGAAUUCACCCCAUUAUCAGCCAAAAGUAACGCCUGGGGGCGACAUCACACGAAGAUCGACCGUUGCCUCGGUAUACUCACUUCCCUCUGCCGCACCACAUGAGUCUCGCAGGCCAACUCAAGAGAAUUACAUCGUAGACUGGUCUGUCGUCGACCGUGCAAUCGAAAACCGAGUAGAAUCGCCGGUCGCAUCGCCCCACUGUAAUUGGCCGCUCCACGACCAUUCGCAUUGGUCUUCCUCAGCCGUUUCCCAGGCUCACGCCCAGCGCACAAACGUUUGCACUCGGCGCAAUCCAACCUCUCUUUCACGUUCGAAUACCACCCAGAAGAGAGAGAUGGCCUCGAAGCCGGUUCAAAGUUCCAAUCACUUGUCUACUCCAGCGCUUGUGGCCGAUACCCCCUCAUCUGUUGUUUCGGAUGCUUCCCCUCUUGAAUCUCCCCGAGGGGACUCUACAGUACUACCGACCCCAAACCUGAAGGCUGGUGGCUACCAAUCAGAAAAGUUUACCUCACGCGAUGAUUCCAGUCAAUACUGGGCUGGUUCUUUGACACUGCUCGAUACUCUCGAAACAUAUUUCGACUCUCGAAUCGAUCUUCUCGAACGUCGUUUUAAACAUCAUAGCGAUCGGUGGAAACGCAAGGCAGGCUAUGCCCUGAAGCGCACUACAUCCGAGGCUCUGAAGCGGACGAAGACCCCAACGGAGUUAACCCGCUUAUAUGAUGAAAGAAGCAAAGAAAUAGAGGUGGAACUGGCAAAGAUCAAGAAAAAGUUCCAGAAACGUAUAUCCACUGUACAGGAUGCAUGGGAGAGCGCUACUGUUGUCCGUACUCGAGAGAAGGUCUCUUUCUUCUAUGGUGUUAUGAUGGUUCUCGCGUCUGCUCUCUUGUUUGGACUAGCCCCAGAAUGGUUGCACGUUGUAUACUCGGUACACGUCGCCUAUUUCCUUCCGACAAGAUUUUAUGUCUACAAGAAGAAACACUGGCAUUAUUUUCUAUUCGAUCUUUGUUACUACGCACAAAUCUUGUGUCUAGCGUACAUCUGGUGGGCCCCGUCUAACACUACGCUUUGGGUUGCGGCAUACUUGCUUUCUCAUGGCUCCUUGGCAAGCGCUGUGAUCACCUGGCGGAACAGUCUUGUGUUUCACGACCUAGACAAAGUUAUAUCCUUAUUCAUUCACAUUUAUCCUCCAUUUGUGUUUACUGUGAUACGUCACUUUUAUCCAAACGUUAAGGAACGCUUCCCUGCUGCGGCCAAGGUCCAAUAUCUAGAGCCUGUUCAAUCACUCUUCCUUAGCACUAUUAUAUACUUGAUAUGGCAGACUUUGUACUGGAAGUUCGUCCUUGUUGAUAAACGCAAAAAGAUCGAGUCUGGUCAGCGCACCACUUCGUUCUCUUUCCUGCUCAACGAAAAGCGUGGUGCCAUUGGCAAAGCACUAAGUUCUAUUCCUGCACAGUAUCGAGAAUUAGGAUUCAUGAUGGGCCAGCUUGUCUAUUCGGUUUUGACCUGCUUGCCGGCUAUCUUCCUAUUGUAUACGAGUCCGAAGUGGUCCGGCGCAUUCCUCAUGUUUAUCUUUUCAGUCAGUGUGUGGAACGGUGGAGGAUUCUAUAUUGAAGUUUUCGGGCGCAAAUUCGAGCGGGAACUUGAAACAUUGCGAAAAGAACUCGCCGAAGCAACUGCUGCUGGUGCUACUACCCCUCAGAGCCAAGGCGCGAACACGUCCCCUCAGCGCCCUAGUGUCAGCGCGAGUAGCGACCCGGGCGAGUCUUCUUCAUCCAGCGCCCCAAAUUCACCCCUGGUCAUGGGACGCGAUAGGUCUGACGAAUUUGUUGAAGAACUUUCUUUGAGCUUGAAGGACGAACAGAAGAAGAACCAGUAA